GAGUAUGUCAAACUAGAAAUAAUCCUUUAUAAGAUAUGCCAGUUAUAAUAAAAAAAGAGAACCCUUCCAGCGAUAGCAGCAAGAAAGCCAUGGGCGAUGUAGAAGGAGCCAAAUCUGCUAUAAAAAGAUUUAUAGGAGAUGUUAGUAAGAGCUCUGCUAGUAAGCAAAUAAUCCUGGGGGCCUCCUCUGGAUGGGUAACAGGGUUCUUAUCUAUGAGAGUAGGAAAAACUGCUGCAAUGGCAUUAGGCGGAGGAAUCAUUCUUCUUCAAAUAGCUAAUGAAAAGGGUUACAUUAAAGUCAAUUGGGACAAAGUUAAUAGAAACAUAGAUCAAGUUGCAGAUAAAGUAGAAGAGCAACUUACUGGAGAAGCAGUAACUUGGAUGGAUAAGGGUGAACGAUUUGUUGAUAGAAAGUUAGACCAAGCAAAGGACGUUGUUAAAAAGGGACAGAAGAAAGCGAAGCGAUGGUACUCUGGUAACAAUUGCCAGCUGAAGGAAGUGCAUAUAUUUAUGAUAUCAUUUGUAGCAGGUGUAGCCAUAGGAAUAGGCACUUCUUAAACUUAAAAUAAUGUUAGACUUUUUUAGAUCUUAUUACAAGUGCUAUAAGCAAUAUAACAUUUAACAAACGCUUAAAAACAUAAAUAUCUCGAAUAAUUUCUAGUUUUCAACGUUUUAAGUAUUGUUUGAACAGUAUUUAACUGUAGUGAUAUCAAUUUUUAUUUACUAAUAUAGCGUAUUUGCCAAAAUAAAUAAAACCAAACCUAAAAAUUAUAUUAAUUACUUGCCAAUUAUUCACACUUACAGCCCUGUUGCCAUUAUUCCAGUACCAGUCCAGUCCAGCGAUCUAAAAAGCUCUUGAAACACUCAAGUGAAAAUCAAUAAGAAAGCAGUUCUCUGUUUUAAGUGACAAAAUGUAGAUUCUGAUCUUUGUUUAACUUUUUCGCCAUGAAUGCGACCAAAAAACUUAUCCACAUGAAAUAAUAGCAUGUGUUGACUGUAUAAAGUUUGUACCAGUACUGGAUAGACUGUCUACACGAUUCGAAUUGAACAGUAGAACGGGAUCCAGUACCUGUUUACAUUAUGCCAGUUGCUAAAAUACUGCAAACCGAGCAUAAAAUAAGAGUUUGGUGACUAUAUAAAUCAGCUGAGUGCCCUAUUCCGUUGAUAGCUGAUAGCCGAUAUGUUGGAUUGACCACAUGAGAUAACGAACUAAUAGGAAAGCGCCGGCUUUCUUGGAAGGAGCGUGGCUUACAACUCACCGACACACGUGCCAUCAAAGGAUGUGAAAAAAAUUACUAUUUGGUUUUUGGUAUUGUUUGUUUUGGCAUAUAGUGCACAUCAUUACUCGAAUUUUAUUUCGCAUCAUUUUUAAAGAGAACUAUGAUAUAUUUUCGUAGAACGUAUUCAUACAUUCUAAUAAUCUGAUAUGUAACUUACUUUAAUUUACUGGAGACAUAUUUAUAUUACCAAACCAUAAGCCAAUAAAUCAUACCCCAU